AACCACUCGACCGAUCUCAUCCACUUGAAAAUUUGUGUAAAAGUUGGUAAUUCGACUUUCUAAUAGAGUUGUUAGUUCCGCAGCUCUUACAGAGAAUUCCAUAUUUUUUUUAAAUGAAUUUUACCGGGGUAAUGCCGCAAAAGGGGAAUCCAUCAAGGACUGAUUUAUCUUUGAUUGAUUGAAGGUCCUCGCCUAGCCUCUUAAUAAGUUAAGGUCCCAUUUCCUUUUCUUGAUCUAAUCCCUUCUUAUUAAGAUCGGUUAAUCGUCUUUGCAGUGAGUGUUCGGGCAAUACUUUUUUGCUUGAGCCAUUCUGUAAUCAUUCCAUACCUUCUACAUUCUUAGUCUUCGCUAUACGACAACAAGGGGAUUGGACUACUUAUAUAUAAGACUGGAAGGCUGCAACUGGAGGCAAUUGGACGAAAGUUGGUAAAUAAAUUCCAUGCCUUAAGCAUAGUAAAGUCACACAUCCACUAAAUGCAAUAAAAAUAAGGACGAAAAAGCAAAUUUAUUACUCCCUUGCAGGCAAAAGAAAGAACGCAUACCAAUGCCUUCUCUCGGCCUAAGGAUAAGGAGUGUUUUCUAGGAUGCUAAAGAAAAGAGAUGGCUAAGGGGCGUAGCGGGAAGUCAAGCAGGAAAGUCAUCAGUGACGGCGUAUUCUCUACCCGACAAGAGCUAUGUUGAUGCCCCCUACCAAGGGGUAACUUCCCGGUUCAUAAGCCCUUCCCUUCCAUUAUUAAAUCCAUCCAUGACAUUGUGUAUAUAACAAAACCCACUUGACCUUCCCGCUUGCCUGUAGAAUCAGAAAAGCAAGCUCAAAUCCCUGUCGAAUCUUUUGCCUGCCGACCUAUUGCAUUAAAGACCGGCAAUCGAAUCUUUGCUUGGCUUGACGAUCCCUUUCGAAUCAGCUGAAAGCCCGACCCCUUCCCAAUGUUUUCAAAGCGGAAGGCAGAAUCUCGGAUAGUUGGUUCAUGCGUUAGGUCAACCAUUCCUCUAGCAUUCCGAAGUGAGAAGCCAAGUGAACGAGCCCUGUUUUUCGAGAAUGCAAGUUCCAUUCGCAAAGCCCAAGCAAAAAGCGAGUAGACCGAACUGCUUGCUUAUGUGAGGUUCUUUCCUCUCGCUUGUUCAUCUUGUUUUGAGUACUCGACGAAAUAAUAGCAUAAGAGAAGAUAUUGGACAAUUGAGUCCACUUCGAUAUCACACCUAUUUGAGUCGGGAGUUCCUCCUUUGAUUCUAGCCUUGCUUGGGAGGGAACCAAAGAGUAUCUCGGAUAGCCUUUUUUGCGUUCGGGCAUGCCCAUAUUCAGCGACCUACUGGAUGCUGGAUUAAGAAAGGAAUAAACAACACGAGUUGCCGCGCUAUCGGAAUACAAUUGAUUCAACAAGCACGUAUGGAUAGGUUGGGCAUAGCUAUUUCAAUCUCUCUCGCACUCGCUCUCCUGAUCGACCAGACUGAAUCGAUACAAUGAAGAUAACAGAUGGGAGAGUGACCCUAAGUACAAUGAUUGCCUGCCCUAUGAGGUACCGUAUUGGGCUCAUGUUUUUCUUUUGCCCAUCCAUCAGGCAUCAGGGGUGAUCCAUUAAAACAUUGUCCACAGGCCCGACUUAAUGGGGAUCCAUUUACAUAAUCAUAAUCUAACCAGUGGUCACAUUCAAAGGAUAUAAGAAUCGGUCUAUCAUGCACUUAGUUUAAUCUAAUGGAUCCUUGGUGCAUACUUUAGAAGGUAAUUUUGCCGAAGAUUAUUUAUCGACGCAUGCGAAUAGCUAGAAGAGGGGAAGACUGGCAGAGCAUAAAGUCAUGGGGUUUGGUUUUGCAGAUCAUCAUCCUAAGUGGUUGAAUCCAACCUGAGGUAUGUUAUAUUAUAGAUAGAGAUCUUGAUUGAUGCAUGGGUCUUCCUUUCUGAUUUUUAGUAUGGGUUUCCGCCUCAUCCGGUACAUGUAUCUAAGCUGGUAGUAUCAAGUCGACGAUACAUUAAGACUUGUUGUUCGAUAGGCAAAUAUAGGAACUAUUACCACCCUAUUAUAAUAUAAUAAUAGAAUUACGGACCCAUAUCUACAAAUAGGAUAUCCGUGAGAGACUUUCUUUUACUAAAAAGAAUGAAUGCAUUGAUUGCAUUUCAAGUGAGAUGUCCAAGAGAAAAGGAACGAGGUUUUGAAGCGACGAGAACAAAAAAUCGUGAAUGAAAGAGCGUGACGAGUUUUUCUCCAUUCGAGAUGUUAGAAGGUGCAAAAUCAAUAGGUGCCGGAGCUGCUACAAUUGCUUCAGCGGGAGCUGCUGUAGGUAUUGGAAACGUAUUCAGUUCAUUAAUUCAUUCCGUGGCAAGAAAUCCAUCAUUGGCAAAACAGUUAUUCGGAUAUGCAAUCCUGGGCUUUGCUCUAACCGAGGCUAUUGCCUUGUUCGCAUUAAUGAUGGCCUUUUUGAUUCUAUUUGUUUUCUAAGUUUAUCCUUUUGAAAGGUGUAGUCCCUGAGGACGAGGCCCCCAGCAAUGGGGGGAAAGAAGAGUGGGUA